UUCUUCAGUGUCGUGUAUUUAGAGCAGGUGGACCGCACGGAGAGGGUCCAUGAGCUGCAGUGUCUGCAUGUCUCCCAUCGAAAGUGUUUGAGGGGAUGGUAUAUUCGCGGGCAUUAUAACUGUCCAUUGUAUAACCGGCUGUAUCUUACUGGGGAUAGUGUGUGCACUGGACAGUGA